AUGGUCGACGGAAAAGAUGAACGCUAUGGAGUGGUCCUGGAUGCUGGCUCAUCUGGAACACGAGUUUACAUAUAUCGAUGGCUUGGGAACUCGGUUGCGCGUCUCGAAGCCUCAUCCCUACCUACCCUCCCCGAGUUAGAAACAAAGGACAAAUGGACGAAGAAAGUCCACCCUGGAGUAUCGACCUUUGGAGGGGCACCCGACCUUGUCGGCCCGAAUCACUUGCAACCGCUGCUCGAACACGCUCUGAAGUAUAUCCCUCAAGACGCCGUCCCUGAGACUCCUAUCUUCCUCCUCGCGACAGCGGGCAUGCGCCUCCUCCCCGACCACCAACAAAAAGCCCUCCUUCGAAACAUAUGCUCCUACAUCAGAACCGAGACGGAUUUCUCACUACCUGAUUGUGAUGUCCAUAUCCAGGUAAUAACAGGAGAGACGGAAGGACUAUACGGGUGGAUCGCUGCAAACUAUUUGCUUGGAGGAUUCGACUCGCCCGAGGACCAUCAACAUGGAAAAGGACACCACACGUAUGGCUUUUUGGACAUGGGCGGCGCAUCCGCUCAGAUUGCCUUUGCGCCCAAUGCGACCGAGGCCGAAAAGCACGCCAACGAUCUCACACUAUUGAGACUGAGGACAAUCAAUGGCCUGCCCCAAGAGUAUAGAGUGUUCGUGACGACAUGGCUGGGUUUCGGCGCAAACGAAGCCCGGCGCCGCUAUGUUCAAGAUCUGGAGGAAUCCUACGCCAUCGAUGGCGUCCUCGAGGUCCCCGACCCGUGUCUGCCAACUGGUCUACGACUAAACUUCGACGGCACAAUCAUCUCAGACGAGGGCCCGUCGUCGUCGAACCAUUACCUCCGCGGUAUGGGCAAAUUCGAUGAAUGUCUAAGGCGAACGUUCCCUCUUCUGGAGAAAGACAUCCCCUGUCCGGAUGAACCCUGUUUAAUCCAUGGCGUCCAUGUGCCUGCGAUAGAUUUCGAGGUGAACCAUUUCAUUGGAAUCAGCGAGUACUGGCAUACCACCCAUGAGAUCUUCGAGAUGGCGCACAAGGACAAGGCAUAUGAUUUCAACACUUACCAGCAGAGGGUAAAGGAAUUCUGUGAGCAGGACUGGUCAGAUAUUCAACAGAGCGUGGAGGAUCAUGUUUAUGGCAAAAAGGUUGACGAAAAGACCGCACUGGAAGUCUGUUUCAAGGCGAGCUGGCUCAUCAAUAUGCUUCAUGACGGGAUCGGGAUUCCGAGGGUGGGGCUGGAAGACACAAAUGUCUCGGACCAUAAUGGCACGAAGGAAGUCUUACAAAGCGGGAAAGACAAGGGAUUCGUCGAUCCGUUCCAGGCGGUGAAUGAAAUCAAAUCCACCGAAGUCAGUUGGACGAUGGGGAAGAUGCUCCUCUACGCCUCGGCCGAAAUCCCACCCGCUUCCAAGGAUGUUCUGCCCGUCGGAUUUGGUAGCAAUGUCCCGGGCGUUCCGGAGGAUUUCCAAUACCCCAGCGGCGGACGCCUCCAAACGAUUCCGGAGUCGGGCUCGGGCUCGGGCUCGGGCUCGGGCUCGGGCUCGGGCUCACCAGACUCUAGCGGCGGAGUCCAAAGCAUAACCGACACCAUCCACGACACUCUCUUCAAAUCGGACGCGCCGCACCGCCUCCCAGGCUUCAUCUUUUUCCUCCUCAUCCUCAUCAUCGCGACAUUCUACCUCUGCGGCCGGGACCGACGCUCGCGCGUCUACCGCGCAAUAUACCCCUCGGGCCCUUCGUCGGCACCGCCAUCCCACGCCUUCUCACCCUCGCCUUUCACCCCGAAACUGCACAACCCACUUGCAUUCCUCAACCGGCUGAUCAACGGCCGCGGAGGCCCGCUGCUCCACCACACUCGCGACCUAGAAGACCAACGCCUCUACAACCCCGCCGACUUCGAGUUGAACGACUUUUCCGAUGACGACGCGGCGGGUCUCGACGCAGACAAGGCCUUCGGACUGUCGGGCAAUACGUCGCGCCCGACGUCCUCGCAUUCGCAUGGCCGGUCCUCGCCGCGGGAUAAGGAUAAGCCGAGUUCUAACGGUACCGGAGGUCCCGGAGGCGGCAGUCCCGGAAGAACCGGGAAAUUGAGGCCCACGACGGCCAUUGAUCGCGCGGGGUUGGUCGUCCGCACGGAGAGUCGUGAGAGUUUGGCUCCCUUGGCGGGUGCGAGUGGGCGGAGUAAGAGUAAGAGCCGGGGUGCUAGUCCUAGUCGUACGGUUCCGCGAUGA